AUGUCAGAAGAGGAUGUUCUGGAAAUUAUCGAUGCCGGGCUUCUGAGGCCGUUUAAAUACCCGAGACUCGUGUACCAAGGGUUCCUGUUCCAUUACCAUAAGAAAUGCAAGAGACACAUCCGAUGGAAAUGUAGCCGUGUUUCCAAAGCGAACUGCCAGGCUGUUCUUCGAACGACAUUAGAUAUGAAUAGACCAAGACUUAUUCAAUUCGAUCACGAACAUCUACACGAGAAAGACACUCACUCAAUUGAUCGAUUAAAAAUGAAAAUACAGGACAUGGUGAUUCGUCUAAGUUCCAGUUUCUACUGA